AUGACUCAACGAUAUAUCUCGAAUAACCUUCCGGCCCAAAAACUUGGCUCAGACCCCAAAGAACUCCUCACGUAUGCUCUUGAACUCGUCGUACGACAUACGCCGCCUCGUGAGAUCUACCAUGAACGCCAUCUUGGCGGUCUCUUCACCGGGUACACUGGUCUUGCCUACCUGUUCCUUCAACUGUCCGAACUAUACCCAGAUCUGAAAAUCUCUGGCCAAGAUUUGCUAUCCUGGGCGAAACGCUACCUGGAAGGAGAUCGUGGGAAGUUGGUCCUGGAGAAGGGCAACUGCGGCAUCUCGUCCGAGAAAUUAUCUUUCGAAGCAGUGAGAGCGUGCAUAACCAAGGAGGAUGAUCACUUAAUAACCUUCCUGAGCAACAUACCAAUACUUCUUGGUCCCUAUACGAGUCCCCAAGAAGAUGCAUUUCCAUCAGAGAUACCCUAUGGACGGGCAGGUACACUAUACAUGUUACGCAUGGUGAAGCAUUGGGUUCCGAGGAGUGAGAGUCUUGUAGAAUCUCCGAUCAAGCGACUUACAGAGCGUAUAAUGGCCACUGAUGACGACGGGAGGGGUAACUGGGAGUGGCAUGGAAAGAGAUACUUUGGAGCAGCUCAUGGUGACAUCGGCAUUAUCACACAGCUCGUUCUUUCAAACCCAUCACUCGCUCCACAACUUACCCGACGCUUGGAAAAGCUUCUUGAGCUUCAGGGUCCUGACGGUAAUUGGCCGUCGAGCCUGCGUAGUCUCAAGGAGGGCAAAGGUGCAAGUCUCGCCCAGUGGUGCCAUGGCGCUCCUGGUUUCUUGUACUCGCUGACGUCCCUGCGCCCCUAUUUCCCUGACUUGCAAGAUCGUAUCGACUCAGCCAUCGAAAAAGGUCAGAGCAUAACCUGGAGACAUGGUCUUCUCACCAAGGAACCAUGCUUAUGCCAUGGAAUUUUUGGAAACGCAUUGGUACUUCCCCGUGGACCUAAUCGACAACACUUCCUUGCACUGGCCACCGCUGAUGCAGUGGAGAAAGUGCGUCGACAUGAUCCAAAUCUAUUCGAAUCUGCAUCUUACGGCCACAAAGCCGCAGUCCUCAUGAAUUAUCUUCCGAGUGCCGCGUGGACAUGGGCUGUUUGCGAACAGGAGCACCCCCGGCUUAUCAUGUACAAUGAUGUGUAG